UCACUUCCGGGUAACCGCAGCGGAAACACUUCUGGCAUGCAGAAAGGCGGAUCCUUCUCGGCGGCUUUUGCCUUUCAGAACUUCUUUUGAGCUUAUUUUUACCUGCCAGUCCUCGGCGGGGCACACCCUAUCCAACACAAAUCGCUUUUUUAGUUGUCAAAACCGACAUUUUUAUUCAGUCGAGUGCUGCGAGAGUCCUCAACGCAACCACAGGAAGAGUUUUUUUCAGCUAAGGCUUGCUAACUUUCAACGCACUAGCAUUUAACUAGACAACUGCCUGAAACAAGGAAAGAGCAAACCCAGGAAGAUGGGAGAUUUGAUGUGGGCAUUGAAGACCGGGGACAUGGAUGAGGUGGAAGCCAAAUUAGUGACGGCCGAAGAUGUAAACCGGACCCUGGAAGGUGGGAGGAAGCCUCUGCACUAUGCUGCAGACUUUGGUCAGACUGAUGUGGUGAAGUACCUCAUUUCUAAGGGAGCCGAUGUUAAUGCUCCAGACAAACACGGGCUCACUCCACUGAUCUCGGCCUGUUUUGAGGGUCACACCUCCUGCGUCAAGGUCCUGCUAGAAAAGGGAGCUGACAAAGACCGAAAAGGACCGGACGGCAUCAGCGCCUUUGAAGCAGCCGAGGACGACGCUAUAAAGGCUCUGCUCAAGUGAGACACCCCAGGGUGGGAGGUGGCUGGACAGGUGGGUUAACGGACAGACAGAUGGCUGCAGUGGUCCCCUGACAGAAGACGGACUCGCCCCCCUUUUACCCCCCCCCCCCCCCCCGAUCAGCGUCUGUCCCAACACUGCUUUUUGUCUGUUUGUUAGAGGGUCAUUUGUCCGUCUGGUGAUUUUCCUUUACUCUGUCCCCCCCCCCACACACAAGUUUUUUUGGGUUAGGACUUUCUUUCGUUCUGGCCUCUGUUCGUAGCCACUUAACAGCAGGACCUGUCAAUUAUGUCUCCCUUAGGGACCAAACACUGGGGGAGUGCGCUCGCAUCUGGAUCCUAACUCACUGCUCUGAAUCCCACUCUGUAAUUUAAACGCAAAGCUAAGCACUUCGACACACACACACACACACACACACACACACACAGACACCUCUUUUGCAGCGCUCUCUUGGAAAAGUUGAAUAGAUCAAUAGUGUGUUCACAAGUAUUUUAUGGCCAUGACUUAAUCUUGUGAAAUAAACAGUAACAUCACUGUACUAUACUAGAUCAGCUGAAGGUUGUCAAGUUUGAUUUAUAUUUCCCUUUCAUUGUUUGUGGCCUGAUUUCUUUUUUUUUUUUCUUUUAAUAGACCAAACUGUUCCUCCUAUCUUGAAGCUUUGGAAAGGUCUGCUUCUACUCAGCAUAUCACUUACAUAUCAAACAGUGUUUUUGACCAAUCCCUGCGUUGGUAAUGCAUAAACUAUAUUCUGUAUUCCUUGACGAAUCACCUUGCUGGUUAACUAGAAACACUUGAAUGUUGCAAUUUUUCAAAUCUGUCACUGAAUCCCUCCCCCUUUUUUUUUCAAGCAACUUUUAACGGCACAAAAUAGAAUAUGGAAUUUUAGAAAAUUGUUAAUUUCGUCAUCCCUGGAGUGAGAUUUCAGAGCGAUAAUUCCUGUCUUUGUUGCAGCUUCUCUGUUUUGUAAUUGAUGGGCUCUGGGGGCUCCGUGAUGAGUAAAUGAGGGUUACGGUUGAAUCUGUGGUGGGGGGGCUGUUAGAAUUCCCCUUGUCUUGGAUUUGCUUGGACGCCCCGCCUGUUUUUGCUGCAUGUCAAAACUGCCUCUGCUUUUCUGCUACGAAACGGUCGCUGGGCCUCACUUGGUUGCUUUCAAAAAUAAAAAAAAUGAAUUACUACUAAUGUAAUGGACAAAAAAUAAAAUAAAAGAUGCUUUUGCUGACUUUGUUGUGACAAAAAGUCUGUAAAAACAGAAAUAAAAAAUCCUCUAUAAAACAUU